AUGACCACAAAACAGCUGGCAAAGCAGCUUGGUCUAAUAAGAAGAAGCUCUAAACUGUCUCUGAACUGUAAGAAUGGCAGCAGCCCCAAAUCUAAACAAUUUUUUCAAUACUUGAUCAUCAUCGAUUUCGAGUCAACCUGCUGGAAGGACAUUAAGCACUAUGGCCAGGAAAUCAUUGAGUUUCCAGCAGUUUUAUUGAAUACAUCCAGUGGAGAGAUUGAAUCAGAGUUUCAGACCUAUGUGCAACCACAAGAGCACCCAAUUCUUUCUGCAUUUUGUACAGAGCUGACUGGAAUAAAACAGCAACAAGUGGACGAUGGAGUUCCUUUAAAGAUUUGUUUAUCCCAGUUUUCCAACUGGAUUCAAAAACUCCAGAAUGAGAGAGGCAUCAUUUUUCCCAAUGUCCUCCCAAACCAGUCAUCCUCCGAGCAGAAGAUGUGUGCAUUUGUCACAUGGUCAGAUUGGGAUCUGGGAGUUUGUUUACUUUAUGAAUGCAAGAGGAAACAGUUGAGAAAACCAGAAAUUCUGAACUCAUGGAUUGACCUCAGGCUAACUUACAAGCUAUUCUAUAAUCGCAAACCAAAAGGGCUAAAUGGAGCUUUACAGGAUGUCGGAAUCGAAUUUUCUGGAAGAGAACAUUCAGGUCUGGAUGAUUCCCGAAACACAGCAAGACUUGCAUGGAGAAUGAUUUGUGAUGGAUGUGUAAUGAAAAUAACCAAAUCCUUAGAUAAGGUACGGCUAUCUUCAGAGCAAACAAGGAUGGUUUUGCCUGGGCAAACUAAUGGAACUAGACAAGGAGAUGGCAAUCAGGUUUCAAAGAUGACUGUGAGCAAAGAUGACAAGCAAGAUCUUAAUAGAAAUCCAGCGUGUACACAUUCAGAUGCCACCAGUGAAGUCAAAUUUACUCCUAACAAAAUAACCAAUAAAAUUGGUGUCCAAGAACAAGAUGGGACAUUGGCUAUAACAUGUGUCAAUGUAGAGCCACCAAAGAAUCUACUCAAUGGACUCUCAACUACUAUACUUGGCUAUGGAAAUAAAUACAGGUACUCAAACCAAAAUUCUCUUGGCUCUUUGCAAAAUAGAAGACAAACUGGCACUUUAACAUCUACACCUGCAAACCACGCACCCCAGUUUCCCAGUCAUGUGUUAUUCUCUACCACUAUCAUGUCUGUGAAUGAUGUCUCAGGUCUGGAAGUAGACUCCAGUUCAGAUUUGUCUAUUUUGGCUGACUGGGAAGAAGCGGCUGUAAUAGCCGAUUCCCAGGAAGAACAAAGUGUCAGCUCUGCCAAGGAUAAAGAAUCGCUUCUGUUACCAGUUGAUUCACUUUCAGCUGGUGUUUUAAGACUUCAAAACUAUCAGGAGAAACCCAACAUACAGCCUCGUACUGGUAUUCCAUGUCAUCCAUCCACACUGGACUCUAAAUCAGUUGUCUACAAAAGUCCAGACACCACAAUUUAUAAUGUCUAUAUGAAGAAGCAAGUGUCUAAUAGCUCUACCUUUAAACUUCCCACUGCUCUGAGCAACAAACCUGGUGUGACUCCUCAAACUGCCAAGCAGUCGAGUAAAACCUCUUCGGUAUUGGAUUACUUUCCAAAGAGAAAACUUUCUAGUGUCAGCUUCUCUUCACCACCAAAGAAACUGCCCUUUAUAAUCCAUGAAGAUCAGAGAAACCAGAUGCUGCCAUUCAGUGGUCCUCCUCGGAAAGUGACUCGCAGCAUUUUAAAUUCCACUGUGAACUUAAGUAGCAACAAUAGGCCAGCAAAAAUUGCCCGUAUUACUGCCCCAAUGUGCAACUGUGGCCGAAGGGCAAAGAAACUUACUGUGUCUAAUGGAGGCCCAAAUCAAGGUAGGGUCUUCUACAGCUGUGCCAUACGAAAAAGAGACGAUCAUGAGAAAGGCUGUAGCUAUUUUAAAUGGGAAGAUACGCUUCUUAAUGAGAAGUCUCUAAAUUCACCUUCCAUUUUAUCCACCAGUGGUAUAUCAUUUACUUCAAAUACAAGUUUAGCUCCUUCCGCAUGUUCUGAGCCUCCCAAAACAUUUAAACUAAGACCAUCAUUGAGAACAUAG